AUGUCACUGCUCUCUGAAGGUAUGAACGAAGUGCCAUAUCAUCGAUACGCUUAUGGAAACCACGCCGAAUCUGAAAGACUUUACUUUCUCGCUUCUAUCGGUCCGCGAUACGACAAGCGUUAUGCCGAUGCUAAUCUUGAUAUGAGCCAAUUGCCUAAAGCCUGUGAGACUUGGGUACUGAAGUCUAAGUCAGAUGGAAGGAUCAAGAGUGUCAUGUUCUUUUUGAAUCCUAGAAAUACUUAUUCAGACAAGUCAGUAGCCAGCUCUCUAUUCACAGCGUCUGCUUUAACCGUUGCUAAACUGCCAGAGGUCGAUUUAGGGAAUACGAAGACUUUUACAGAUGGAGAAGUCAAGAGCACCUGUCGUUUGAUAAAUGUAAUUGGUGGACGGAAGCACAAAUAUCCUAUAUGGCUUUAUACGACUGAUGGAACUACUGAAUUCUAUGAGAAAGCCAAGCUUAGGGAGAAUUCUCGGAAAGAGGUAAACACCGAGUCCGAAGCUGUACCGUUAGUCACUAUGACAUACCUCUCCGAAGGAUGGGAAGAUGUGGCAGAUGUCAAGCCAUGA